CUCAGUUGAUUUUGUGUGCUCAGUGAGGAAGUGCGCGCUUUUCUACAAGUUGUUUGUUACGUUUGGAUAUUUUCAGUGUGAUUGGAUUUUGUGCCCAACGACUGCUUGACCGGCCGGCUGCGAAUUUGGAACGAAAAACAGUGAGACGAAUGUGCGUGGAGAAGUAGGAAAAGAAACGGAAGAAAUACGAAGAGCCCGCUUAAUUUUUGAAAAAUACAAGAAACGGUUUAGGGCUUAGCAAAAGCCCGUGUGAAAAAUGUUAUUGUGUAUAUAUUUUUCACUAAUAUCGCAAGACGAUGUAAGAACUGCACAUUACCAAAUUGGCAAUUAAGACACAAAUUAAUUAUUUAAUUCUUUUAUGAAGUUAGAAUUUAUGUUGCGAUUUAAUCAAAUAAUAUCCACAUAACAACACAAAGAAAAUGUUAAAUAAUGGCAAGCUGUGAUUAAGAACGACUUUGAGCGCAGUAAAGAAAAUCAAAUUGGACAAAUAUAUGUGAAGGCAAUGUACGAAUGUAGCGAAAAAGACAAUGCGACUAAGCUUAAGUAGCAAAACAAUUGUACAUGCCAUACCGAUUCUGUUAGUGUGAAGUUCGAUUGUGUUCUUUUGUUUAGCAUCAGCUCCACCGGCUCCCUCGUCAUGUAAACGGUUCCGUUAAAUUUACAUACGUUCUUACGGAACGUCACACAUUGGUUAAGAAGAACUAUAUAGUGGAGUUGAUUUAAAUAAAUUGCAACAUAAAGCAAAAUACAAAAAAGCGGCAAAUCGGUGUUUGAUAGAAACUUUAAAAAUGUUCGAGCUGGAGGAUUAUUCAAGUGGCUACCACGAUGCAAUCCUUAAUAAGUACGCUGAAACAUCGCGACCGACAUUGGAUCUAUACAUCUCAGACUCGUUACAGGACAUGCUAGAUGUCGACAUUCGCAGCGAGAUUUCGAGUGUGGUUGGGGGAAGCAAUGAACUCGCUUCCCUGGUCAACGAUCUGCCGUCCUCUUUUGAUCACGCUAUCGACGCAAUUUCUUCCAUACACAACAGUAGUGGUAGUAAUUUAAACGCUGCUGCGUUAUCUUCCUCCACAAACAGCUUUUCCUCUUGGCUGGGAAACAUCUCAGGGCCGUCAUGGUCAUCAUCGAACGAUUACUAUGUCGAUUUAGGAGCUUGUGUGGAUCCGGUGUCUGUAAUGCCAUAUGUAUCCUCAUCAUUGCUACAUAAAUCGCCGAAAGUAAAUUUAAAUGCGAAUAGUUUACAGAAUUCCGUAUGUUCUCCACCACCCGCGUCACCGAACGUAAACGAAACCAAAUCACAUUUAACAUUUUCACCUGCCCAAUUAAAAGUUAGCGCCGGUGCGAUGCGCAACGAGCAGCUUUAUUCACACAUACCAAAGCAGAUAGUGGCGAUUUCAUCGACAGUGACAGCCGCCACUACAGCGCCGGCCACACUGGCGACGAAUUCAGCGCUCCAGCGCAAGAAUUCAAGUGCGGUGGAUACGAUCAAAAAGGAUUUAGGUGUCGAGUUGCGCAAGCUGAAUGCCACAACGACUGAUGAGAACAGAAUGAGUGCCACAAGUAACAGUGGUGGAGGAAACGUGAACGCUAAGCAUACUGCUAAUGGCCCCACAAAAAGCACUAGCAGUGGAAACAGUAACAUUAGUAGUAGUCUGCUAAACUCAAAUGGCAUGCUGAAUAGCACGACAACGAAUACCAUUAAGCUGGCGCCCGGUAUUGGUGGUCUAACGUUUGCCAACAGCAUCGCUUACAAUAAAUUGAAGCAGCAAAAUAGUGUGAAAACUACGCAAAAUGGACAAUCAGGCGCAACGAAUAACACGAUUAUGCUCAAGCGAGAACGUGACUCCAGUCCGUUGCAAAAUAUAAGUGUUGUGAAUGUUAAUGGUAACAUUGGUGGUGGUCAACAACACGUCACAAAGUUGGUGGGCCGAAAUGUACAAAACUCUAGUUUUACACCAAAAAGCAUUGCAUCCGUACACUCGCCACUCAUGCAGAACACGAGCAAUUCGAUCGGUUCACCGUCGUCGUCUUCAUCCUCAUCGCACUCGUCCCCGUCGACUGGUUCCAGUGGUGGCAGUUUUACCGCAGGUCUCAUACCAAUCACAGCGAACAGUAGUUCAGCCAAUGCAUCAUCAUCCUCUGCCAGCACUACAACUAUUACAACAAUAUCCGUAAAACCGUUCCAACAGCGCAUUAAGGUGGCGCCAGUGGAAUCUGAGUUUCCCAAGCCUGCAUAUUCUUACUCUUGUCUCAUAGCCAUGGCGUUAAAAAAUUCUCGCAGUGGUUCCCUGCCCGUCUCAGAAAUAUAUAGCUUUAUGUGUGAGCAUUUUCCAUAUUUCCGCACAGCGCCGAGUGGCUGGAAAAAUAGUGUGCGCCAUAACCUCUCAUUGAAUAAAUGCUUUGAAAAGAUUGAAAAACCCGCGACAAAUGGCAAUCAACGCAAAGGCUGUCUAUGGGCAAUGAAUCCGGAUCGCAUUGUGAAGAUGGACGAAGAAGUCCAAAAAUGGUCGCGUAAGGAUCCCAUGGGUAUACGCAACGCAAUGGUGCAUCCGGAUCAUCUAGAUGCAUUAGAGAGGGGUGAAAUGAAACAUGGCAGCUCAGGUGAUUCAGAUAUCGAAUUAGAUAGUCAAUCGGAAAUUGAGGAGACUUCCGAUUUGGAAGAGCAAGAACUCGACGACACCAUUGUGGAUAAUAUGUUUGUUGAGGAGGACAUUGAAGAAGACGAAAUGAUGAGUACCGGUAUAGUGAUAAAUAAUUCGGAUGAACUAAGUGAGCCGGGUGAUGUGAGCGUCUGUGGUGCUGGCGAUGAUGUCGUUGGCAUGCAACAAAAUCGAGAUUUUGAUAUAGAGGUGAGUUUGGAGACACACAAAAUAAAAAGAGUGGAGAAGAUGGUGCAAAGAGUGCUUGAGCGUGAGCAGAAGGUUGAAGAUAUUUAUGAUGCAAUUGAUAUUGAAGACGAUAAAGAGACGAUGCAACGGCAUUUAACCGUAAAUACAUCCGAUAUAAUUGAACUGAGUCCUGCCGAUUUGAACGCUGCUGCGCAAUCGCCGAAGCGUGCCCGCCUCAACAUAAACUACUCCAUCGGCCCAGCCGGUGAGCUGGAGAAGCAAAUUCAGCAACACAAGCUGCAACAACAGCAACAACUGGUACUGCAAAAACAACAGCAAAAACCAAAUCAGAUACAACAACAGCACAGUAUCAAACAGUAUAAAGUGCAGCCACAGCAUAUUGUUGUGCAAACGAUAAGGAAUGGUAGCAAAACCACAUCCAUACAGGCGAUUAAUACAGCAACCGGCACCACAAUCGGCAGCGUCAGCGGCGCACUCUCCACCUUGUCACAGAUCAAUGGCGCCAUAUCAAACAAUCGUCGCAAAAUACAAUUAGUCAAUCGAAUUGUUUAGAAAACAUGAAUUUAAACAAAUGACUCGACACAAAGAGCCACUCAGGCAUUUGUUCCUAAUGGACAGGUCUCUGGAUAGUGAGAACCAAGAAAUAUUCAUUUUAAAUAAUAUAAUAUGAAUAUAUUUAGUAUAACAAUAUCUAACACAAUGUAUACGCCGAUGAACGUAAGCGCUUAGUACUUGUGAUGUUUCGAACAAAAAUUAACAAAUAAUAUCUCUCGGGCAGAACGUAAAAGUCCGCAAGGUUUUGGUUCAACAUUAGUUCUAUUCGUUUUUAAAGCGAAUUUGUUAUAUUUCAAAUGUGUUACCACACGAGCGGCGAAGAAAGUAAUUUCCUUCAAGUAAACAUUUAAAAUCGUAUGUGUCAAACACAGGUUUUAUUUUGAUUAACUACAUUUUUUGCUUUGAAAACGAAUUGACUAAUAAUAUUAACAAUACGAAAAUUUGGUUACAAAUACGCUUAAAAUGUUGCGUUGACUCCGCAUUGUGUUUAUGUGUUCAUAAUGAAUUAAAGGUUAAGUUGAAAACGCAUGGUAUCGAACAUAUUGCUCUAAAGGCAAUUAUUGGAAGUUAUUUUAGCAGUGAAAUAGUUGCAUUUUCAAGGCUAUGCAUGCUCGCUUUGCAGCUCACGCUCUGUGCAUAUUAAAAAUACAAAAUAUUCAUUGAAUUCGCGUGAGCUCGAAAUCGAUACAUGUAAUUCUAAGUUCUAUUCAAAUAUUACAAUAAUCAUAUUGCAAUAUGACUUUUGUUAGAAAAAGUGUCCAAUAUUUUAUAACUACUAUAAUAAUUUAAACUUAACAGAAGUUUUUUUUUUUGUGUUCGCUUUUUAUAUAAAUUUAUAUAAUUUCUGACAACGAAAUUUAAUUUAGAUUUCAGUUCUUACACACAUUAGUUUUAUAACACAAUUUUUGGCACAUAUCAAAUUUUAUGAACUUGACAAAUUAAUAUGCUCCAUUUUGUAGCGCUUCAUUUAAUUUUCCCAACUUGAUCUCUUUGUUAAGUAAGCUUUGUUUUUAAACGAUUUUCGACAAUUUUCGAAAGACGAACGAUUUCUAAUUUUGAAAUUUUAAUGGUGGGCACACAAUCGAAACAAACGCCGCCUAGCUCUGGCACGAAUGAUUUAAAAUGUUUAUUUGCUUACAGUGGGAUUCUCAUAUGAAAUGCGAAGAAACCACUUUUGGAAGUGAGUAUUUUAAUUUAUUUGGGACUUUAUCUUUAAAUAAUAAACAUAACUUUUGUUUCUGAAGUGCUAAUAGCUGCCUAGCUUUAAGGGAACAGAAGAAUACAAAGUUGUUCCCACAAAGAACGAAACAGCGAAAAAGAAAGAAGUGGAAAAAAAGCAGAAAUAAGAAAGGAAACACAUUAGUUUUUAAUAAUCAUAUCCAACCAGCACUUGAGAACUAAUUAAUCGAUUUUUACUUUCAAAACUAUUAAGAUAAGCAAAAGCGUCAAAUUCCGCUUGUGAACAGAUCCGUUUCUUCAUAUGACGGUAGCUAGCAGGAAUUUAACUAGCAGCUCUCUCAGCUUCUUACGUACUCAACUUGUGCACACUUCUGCCAUUUUUUUUUUUUUUGGAUUGAAAAACGCUUUUCCAAAAAAUUUGGCUAGCUAGUGAGUGAGACUUAGUCAUUCCGAAACAACCAAGUAAUUAUUUAUCGUUGUUGAAAAAAAUCUUUGCCGGAAAGGUGACUGUUUGAAGGUUGGAAUGAAUUCGGGCGUUUGUUUUGAUUGUGUACAAAACUAUAAGCUGUAAAUAUAAUACAAACAUAAAUGCAAAUAAGUUUUGACUGAGCGGAAAGUCUCUAUAAUAAUGAAAAUAAUAUUAUUUUUGUACCUGCUGUACUUGUACAUACAUUUUAAAGAAGGGUUAGAAACAAAUGUUUCGAGUUUGUGGGACUUUCGAAUACUUAAUGGACGAUUCAUAUAAUAUAAUUUAGUUAAGCGGCUCAAGAGCCCAAUUUUUGACCAAACAAAAACAAUGUGAAAUUGUGAAAUGCAAUUGCCAUACGUUUUUUGGGCGUAUGCACUUUCGGACAAUAGAAAUAUGUUUUAUUUCAAUGGAGAUAACUUAUAGAGCGGCUCGGGUAUAUAGUCUGUGUACAGUUGCAUUUCAAGUCAUUCCUCACAUCAUUACCUUUUAUAGAUUCUAAAUAAAAUAUAGCAUAUUAAGUCAUAUGUAUUUAUGUAAAGCCAAUCUUGCCAGGUCAGUAUUUAAGUACAUAUAUUUAACUGAAAAUAUUAAAACAAAAACAAAUAUGCAAACAUUUUUUUUAAUGUGCGGAACUACGUUCAUACAAUAGCAUAUAUAUAAUUAAUAGUAUUGUAGAUAUGACGCGGUGGGUGUUUUACUUACCUCAUUUAAACAGUCAAUUGAACAAAAAAUUCAUUAGAAUAUAUACAAAAAUAAAUAGUAGCAUAACCUCAACUUACUAAAAUAUUUUGUAAAUAUUAGCGUUAAGGCUCCAACUAAAGUAAAUACAUACUAUAACUGUA